AUGGUUCAGAUUUCUAUUGAUAGUACUCCACAUUUAUUUACGAUCCGUUUAACGACUUUUGAUGCAUUAGUUCAAGCUAUUGUUCAUCGUAUAGGCAUAACUAAAAUCUUACCAUUAUCAUAUUUUGAUACAAAUGAUAACGCAUUUGUUCAACUGGAUAGUGAAAAUAUUGAACCACUUCGACGUAAAACUCAUGUUAAAAUCCGUUUGGGCACAUCAUAUACAGCACCAUACGACGGUGAAUUGAACAAUCAAGGAAAAAAACAUGGACAAGGAACUUAUCGAUGGCCUAAUGGUCGAAUAUACAUAGGACAAUGGUAUGAAAAUCAAAUGGAUGGCGAAGGAGUAGAAUCAUGGCCUAAUGGAUCUAAAUAUCAAGGACAAUUCAAAGGAAAUAAAAGACAUGGUCAAGGAACUUUUACAUGGCCAGAUGGUCGGCAGUAUGUCGACUAUCGCAAUGAUUAUCGACAUGGUUAUGGUGUAUGUGCAUUUCCAAAUGGAUAUAAAUAUGAAGGACAAUGGUAUGAAGGCAAAAAACAUGGACGCGGUAUUGAAAUAUUUCCUGAUGGACAUCGUUACAAUGGAAUGUUUGAAAAUGAUAAAGCUGUUGCACCUUCAUCAGAAUAA